UCAAUAAUUGUUUUCUCGUCUGUUGCGUAUCCAUAGCAACGGACGUACGUAUUUGAAAUCAUCUGUAAAACUUCUUCGAGAUCGCCAGUGUUCCUUAUUGAAGCGUCCAGAUUUCGCAGGUGGAGCGAGGAAGUCGAUAACGCCUACAGGUGACUUCAGGGAUAAUAAGCGCAAAAUCUUGAACCAUAAUCACAGCAAAGUGAGUUUCAAAGAUGAAUCGGCAGCUGUUUGUCGGGCCAGUUAUUCAUACCGAUGAUGAAGGUCAGCUCGUUGUACUACAACGUGCUGCAAUUCUUGUCGAGAACGGAAAGAUUAUCAGCAUAUCGGAGAAUCCUCAGCCAGGGGAUGUCUCAGCGGAUUACGUGAGAGUCCUGAGUGUGCGCCAAUUUUUGAUCCCAGGGUUCAUCGAUGGCCACAUUCACGCAGCUCAGUUCCCAAACUUGGGGGUUGGCUACGAUAAGCACCUCCUCGACUGGCUCGAGGCCUACACUUUCCCCUUGGAAAAGAAAUAUGCUGAUGCAGGUUUUGCAGAACAUGUCUACGAAGCUGUUAUCAAAAGGACCCUGACAAUGGGCACCACAACUGCGUGCUACUUUGCAUCCUUACAUAGAGAAUCGUCGGUGAUUCUAGCAAAACAAGCAGCUAAAUUUGGCCAAAGGUGUCUGAUAGGAAAAGUCAAUAUGAACCAGACGCGCAAAGAUGGCUACUGCGAGACUACUGAGGAGUCGAUCACUUGCACCAGAAAGUUCAUCGAGGACAUUGCAAAGAUCAAUAGUUCGUUAGUCAAACCAAUAAUCACUCCCAGGUUUGCUUUGAGCUGCGACAUGGAACUGAUGACAAAACUGGGAAAUAUGGCCAAAGAAAAGGACCUUCACGUGCAGACCCAUAUAUCCGAGAAUCUGGAUGAGAUAGAAGCAGUUACAACUACUUACAGAGAAUAUCCAUCAUACUCUGCGGUUUAUGAUGCGGCUGGCCUGUUGGGAAGCAAGACUAUCCUAGCCCAUGGUAUACACCUUGGUGACACUGAACUCGCGCUUCUAAAGACCAGAGAAUGUUCCAUAAUUCACUGCCCAUCUUCAAACACUUGUUUGCGGAGUGGUCUCUGUGAUGUGAAGCGUCUUAAGGAUCGAGGAUUAAAAGUUGGACUUGGAACCGAUGUUGCCGGCGGUGAUAGUUCUUGCAUAUUGGCCGCAAUGAGAGCUGCAAUCCAAGUAUCAAAUCACCUGGCAAUUUUGAAUCCUGGUUACAGCCCGUUGACCCACAAGGACGUUUUUCACUUGGCAACUCUAGGAGGAGCAGCAGCUUUAGCCAUGGAUGACGAGACAGGAAAUUUUUCACCUGGAAAACAGUUUGAUGCUCUUGUCAUCGACUUGAAUGUAUCGAGUGGACCGUUGGACGAUUUGGUUGAAUACAGUUUGGAUGAAAAUCUUCAGAGACUGGUUUACUCUGGAGAUGAUCGUAACAUCGUUGAAGUUUACGUAGCUGGUAAGCGUGUGAAAUAAGUCAUGGAAUUGGCUGAGGCAAUGUAAGGCAACUACUUUAUACCGUAGCAUAAGUAUAGUCUGAAGAUAUUUUGGUACUGAUUUAGUUAGAACUUUUACCAAUUCGCAUUUAAGUGUUAAGCACUUCAAAUAUUCAGCAAACUCAACCUCAACUUGGCAUUUGUUAUAGUAAUUAGUUGCCAAGUAUGGAUCCUGAGUAGUAAUUAGUAAUUGUAAUUGACUGUAUUACAAUUUUUCAAUCUUGUGCCUUUCCAAGAAUACAAUCAGUAUUUAUGGCAGUCUGGUAUGCCAUGUCUAAUAUUCCAAGUCUGUGGGAAACUAGGAUGUCAGAUUCAUUGAAUCAAAUAAUAAAUGCAUAUUAUUUUAGGUUUCAAAGGAAUUUCUAAAUAUUUACCCAUGUCAAACUUGUAUUUACAAUCAUCAUUUAAUUCUUUUGUAAAAGUUUACCCAUAUACCGUAUGAUAUUGCACCGGUAAACUGGUGAUCUAGUACUUGUGUUUUUCUAGAAAUGCUGCUACUGACCUCACACAUUGUAUGUAUGCCUUUUCAAAUCCCUGUAUAUCAGUAUCCUGUACAACAAAAAAAAGAAAUAAGAAGCUGAGGUUGUUGAAGA